AUUUGUUUUGAUAUUUUAAUUGUUUCUUGUUUAGACAUUUUCAAUAUAUAAUAGAGAGAUGGAAGGUCCGGAAGAAGAGGAGUUCGGAGCGGCCAUCGCCGUUGGCUCCGAAACCACUGCAGCUGAGAAGGAAUUUGAAAAAGUGUUGGAAGAGCUGCGGGAAGCCGAGGGUUUGAAGCUGUACAGCGAUGUGUAUACCAAGCUAUUCGACUCGUACCACCAGCUCAAGGCCGAGAAUGUCCAGCACCAGGACACCAUCGCCACCAUCAGGGGCAAGGUGAGUCGCUACGACGCCGUCAUUUCAGACUACCUCAACGAGAUUGCCGAUGGCCACACCACUAUCGACAAGCUGCGGGCUGAGAUCAAGGAGGCCCAGGCGCUAGCGGACGCCAUGCACGCGCGUGAGCUGGCCAGUGUCGAGGCUCUGGAGACCAUGAAGAAGACGGUCACCAGACUGGAGAAAGAGCUGGACGCGAGGAAGCGUGCUGGUGAUGAUGACGCAGGCGCCACUUCAGCAGUGAAGGAGAAAGAGAAAUUUGAGAAGGAGAAGGCGCGACUGCAGGGCGAGCUGGACGGCGUCAAACACCGGCUUAACAACGCACUAAGCUUCAUUGAGGAGCUGGAACAUAAGACGACCGCUGCUGAGGAGGACAUUGCUAAGCUGGAAGAGCAGCUCGAGGACGCAGACAAUAAUGCUGUGAGACAGAACCGGCUGGUGGAUCACCUGAAGGAGGAGUCCUCGUCGCUCAAGACGAUGGUGGAGUACAGGGGGAACAUGAUCGCUACACUGACUGAUAAGGUGACGAAAGCGGAGAAGACGAUAGCACGGCGGGAGAAGCAGAUAAAGGACCUGACACACAAGCUGGGCGUGGCGCAGCAGGAGCGAGAGGCUGCUACGAGCAGGGCGGCUCGCCUGCGUGAGCAGUUGGACACCACCAACGCGGAGUUCGACAACACCAAGCAGACGCUCACUAACACUAGCAAGGAGCUCAAGAAUAUGAUUGACGACGGCAACCGCCUCCGCAACGAAGUCUCAAAGCUGUCGAAGCAGGGCGUGCAGCACAUGAAGAAAUAUCAGCUGCUUGAGAAAGCCAAGGCGGGCGUCGAGACUGAACGAAACACGUUGAGACAGCAAGUGAGUGUCAUGGAGCGAGAGAUAAUGCUGAAUAAGAAGCAGACGGAGGCAGACAAGAGAGAGAUUGAGAAUCUGAACAGAGAAAAGGACAUCCUCAAUAAGAAUAUGCAAAAGAUUCAGAGUGACGCGCUGGAGAACCUGCAGGUGAUAACUCGGCAGGAGCAGCAGAGGAAGCAACUGGAGCACGAGCUCGAAGUGAGCAACGGACAGAUCAACAAGCAGAGGCUCAUCAUCAGACAGCUGGAGAAGGACAAGGACAGAAUGCUUGAAGAAACUAUUGUACUCAACGAGAAGAUAGACGAAACAGCUGAGGAAGUCCGGCUGCGAACAGCAGACAUUUUAGAUCUAAAAAAAGCGCUGCGAGAAGAAGCUAUCAAGAGUAAGAAGAUGUCAGUAGCUCUGGACACAACGCGCGCGGAGAGAAACAUGUUGCACAAGAACUAUACGGAGGCGCUCGACGAGAUACAGGACUUGAAGCAGAAACUUAAGAUGCUGGCGUACCAAAUCGAGCAACUGAAAGAGGACAUAAGCGGCAAGGAGAGCGGGCUCAAGUCGUGCGAGGGAGCGCUCAGCAAGUGCCACAAGAAGAACGAGCAGCUCCGCUCCGAGGUGCAGGCGGGGCUCGCCAGGCUGGCGGAGGCGAAGGCCGACAUGACCGCGCUGCGGCAGGAGGAGGCGCGCCUCAACAGGAUCCUGCAGGAGAGUGAUGCGGCGCGUGCCAAGCUGUCCAAGGAGCUUGAGGGGCUGGUGAAUGAACGCGACGUGGUUGGCGCGCAGCUGGUGCGCCGUAACGACGAGGUGUCGCUGCUCUACGAGAAGAUUCGCAUCUUGGAGGUCACGCUGCACAGAGGUGAACGUCAAUACGAACAGCGAGUAGAAGACAUCAGACUGCUCAGACUGGAGAUCAUCAGACUGAGGAAGGAGAAGAACUUGCUGUCAAAGGGGAUAGAGAACAUGACGGACUUAAGGCUAGAGGUGUUCAACCUGGAGCGUGAGGUGGGGCGCGAGCGGCUGCGCGUGCGAGCCCUGGAGGAGGCCCUGGAGACGCCUCUGAACGUGCACCGCUGGAGGAAGCUGCAGGGCACCGACCCCGAGAGCGUGCACCUCACGCACAAGCUGCGCCUCACACAGAAAAAGGUGUUGGCACAGAGUGAGAUGCUGGUUCUGAAGGAUCGCGAGCUCAAGGAAACCAGGAACCUGUACAGCGCGGUCAAGGACAUGCUGGCAUUGCAGCCCAGCCCAGAGAUACAGCAAACACUGAACAAAACGCAGCGCGCACUCGCCCAGAGAACGAACAAGAUGAAGUGCCUACUCGCCGAGCUGAGCAUGCGUGAGAAGCAGGUGUCGGACCUGCGGCUGGAGCUGGAGCGAGUGCAGCAGGAGCUGGCCUGCGUCAAGCAGAACUACUUCGACAUGAAGCGUGCGCUGGAUAAGGACGAGGAGCGCCGCCUGAGGGUGGCCGCGUCGCCCCCGGCGGCCGCGCUUUGACCUCCGGUGAACAGUGUGUCACGGACCCCACACGACAUACAGUCUGUCCGUGCAGACGUAAAUAGAGUUUACAGUAAAGACAUUAUAGAUUUUUUUUUUGCUCUGUUAUUUAACUGGAUUUGUGAUGCAACAAGUAGCAGAUAAGAUUUUACCAGUGGCUUACCCUUAUGGGUACCAAAACUAUGACCUAUUUCUGCCGUGAAGCAGUAAUGUGUAAGCAUUACUGUUUCAGUUUGAAAGGCGCUGUAGCUAGUGAUUUUACUGGUCAAAUGAGACUUAGCAUCUUACGUCUCAAGGUGGCGAGCGCAAUCAUUGUAGUUACGCUCAGAAUUUUUGGACUUUUCAAGAAACCUGAGCGGCACUGCAUUGUAAUGGGCAGGGCGUAUCAAUUACCUUCAGCUGAACAUCCUGCUCGUCUAGUUCCUUAUUUUCAUAAAAAAAGAAAAAAAACAUUUUUUAUGAAAUGGUCAUAAUCUUUCUCAGGACAAAGCAGGCACACCUGUUGCUCAUCGUACCUAUCGGCAACAUUUGUUCAUAAACGAAUAAAUAGCUCUCAUUUUUGUCCCUCCAAGACUCGAAUACCUUUUGAAGAGAGCAUUGCACUCUUGAAAUAAAUUUUAUACCUACUGAUCGAGAAUACAGAAAAAAUAACUAUGAAAAUUUUACACAAGAUAAAAAGGGUUUCCAACUUCAAGAUAAAUAGUUAAUUAUGCAACUGUUGUGUAAUAAACCACUUAUUAAAACACGAAUGUGGGUGGUAAUAGUAUCACAUAAGUGUUUUAAUACCUAAUUAUCAACAGUUGCAUACAAGACUUUAUCUACACCCAGAAUAUGAAUCCUCUUUAAAAGAUUCUGCAACAGUUAGCCUACUGCUAACACUAAAAAAGCCAGUCCUAGUAGUAACCUAAUAUCAUUAAGUACUGAUUAUAUGCAUAUAUACUAAGUAUUGAAACAAUUAUUUAUUUUAGUAGUAAUUUACAUUUUGUAUAAUGCAAUAGCUAAAAUUCACUCGAAUAUAAUGUGCUUUUACAGCGUUUAAAAUGAAUUGCUCAUUUUUUGUAAACAAAACAAUAAAAGUAUCGAAGAAAAAUGGCGGGGAUUCGAAUAACCUACUUUUUUUUUACGGCGCGCGACGUUCUGGUAGUGUGGAACGCGCGUAAACGAAAAUGUUCUUUUUUUGAAAUUCAUACAGAUACCACGCAUCGAGCAAUAAGAAUGUGGCUGUCUGUUGAAACUCUUUGCUCAUGAAGGGAUCGCAAAAAAAACAUAGGAGUAUUGUUAUGAAAUUCAGUACAACAUUACAACACUCGUUUGGAUGAUGUAGUGGUUAUUAGAACAUUUGGUGUUUCAAUGUUGGUAACAAGCUAACUGUUUCAGAAUCUUUAAUAGAGGAUUUAAAGCAUGGGUGUAGAUAAAUAAUUUUACUAAAUAUUCUUUCAGUACCUACUCUCCACCAGCUUCUAUACAUAGACUCAUGCGUUUAAACCAAUUUCCGAAACACUUUUUCCAGUCUGCAGCCGACACCUGUUCGGCCUACCACUGGAGCCCUUUCAGUUCAUUUUUUAUUUCGCGGAAUAAAAAGAAAGUCCCACGGUGCAACAUUACAACACUCGUUUGGAUGAUGUAAUGGUUAUUAGAACAUUGGGUGUUUUAAUGUUGGUAACAAGCUAACUGUUUCAGAAUCUUUAAUAGAGAAUUUGAAGCAUGGGUGUAGAUAAACAUACUUUUUUUUCGGGGCGCGGCGUUCAGGUAGAGCGGAACAUGUGUUAAAGGAAAUGUUCUUUUUUUGAAAUUAUUAGACACCACGCAUCGAGUAAUAAGAAUGUGGCUGUCUUGUUGAAACUGCGCAUGAAGGGAUCGAAAAAAAAAACAAAGGAGUGUUAUUAUGAAAUUCAGUACAACAUAACAUCAUCCGUUUGGAUGAUGUGGAUAUUAGAACAUUGGGUGUUUAAUGGUUGUUUUAUAAUCUUUAAUAGAGGAUUUAAACCAUGGGUGUAGAUAAAAUUAUUUAACCCCUUAAAUCUUCCUGAUAAAUUCAUUUAUUCUAAUUUUUGGGUCUUGUACCACUUCGUUGUAUACAAUGUGCGCUGAUCUAAUAUUGCUUUAUAUGUCAACUUGUACAACUGGUGACAUGUGACAUUUAGUAUUAAAAUAUGUUUAAACUCUACUUCAUCGACACUAUGGAGGGUAGAGCGAAUCAUCUCAGGAGAAGUGUCCAGCUUAUGCUGUUAAUUACAGUUCAAAAUACUUCCACGAUGGCGCUGGUGUGGGCACAAGGUAUCGUAUGAAGUAUGGUAAAUGUAGUAAUUAUAUAUUCAUUAGUAUUAUUUUAAAUUUCACGCUUCUUUUAGGGUAUGUUUUCCGGAAUGCACUGCGACCACUGUACAGUGUGACGUCAAUUUAGUAUACCGUGAAGCCGUUCUUUUAUAGCCAGUUAUACUGGUUACUAUAUAAAACGGAACGCAAUCCCGAAUACUGUCAGCCGCAUGUUUUGACGCAGCAUUCAAAUGAGUGUAUAAAAGAUAUCUAGUUCAUUAAAAAAACUAUCAAAUUAAAAAUAUUUGGGAUUAAACUGUAGGUAUUGUUUAUUAAACUCGUGAUCAAAGUACUGCGAGUACCUUACAUCGAAAGUGCCAGUGCUCACAGUAGAAAAUGGCGGCGAUUUAUGACGUCAUAUAUUUCCCUAGGGUACUGCGGCAGUAUACUGGCAGUCCAUAACGGAACGAAUUUUUCUAGUGGUAGCACUGUGCAGUGCUCGCAUUGCAUAUCGGAACACACCCUUAAUGAUUUACCCUGCUGCUACUGUGGCGUCACUUUUUCAUAUACACAGAUGAUUCUUCUUACCUCUACCCUCCAUAAUCGACACUUCAUAAAAGAAACAAAAAUCAGCUUCAUAGUUUCUUCAUCAUUUUGAAUUGUCGACCAAAGCUGGUGGUGCUUUGUGAAGCCAGAAUAUGCAAUGUGCCACACUACACUAAUUAUUUAGUUAAGACUAUAUUAUGGUUGCCAAAUCUAUUUUUCAUACUUGAAUACUUGAAAUGUUAAUGGCAAUUGGCACCGUUCCAGUUGUCCAGGUAUUGAUCAAAUAUUUAUGUUCAAUUUACAUUACUAUUUGAAUGUGUUCACUAUAAGUAUUUAACUUAAUAAUUUCAUCAUACAAUGAGAGAUAUGGAAGACU